AUGGACAUUGAGGGUGUGGAAGGAGCGAUCAUUGGCUGCGAGUUGCCGCCCACGCUUUUAGCAGCACGAAAUGCAGGAAACAAGUCAUCAUCAUUCAACCCAAAUGAGCUCGCACAAGAUGAAGUGAAGGGAACCUGCUUCUACGACCUACCACCCGAGCUGCGAAACUACAUCUACGAACUCGCCAUGGUCGACAAGCUUCAAACCAACUUCAUAGUGGCACCCCUCACUCCAGUACACAACCAAUUCCAAGAGCCCAAACUGCUCCAAGCCAGCAAACAAGUCCGCACCGAAGCAGGAGCCAUGUUCUACCGCAGCAACAAAUUUUUCAUCAACAUCGACAGCCACGGCUAUUCCAUCAAGAGCUAUAUGGGCCAUGCCCUCCGCUGGAUUCGCAUGAUCUGUCACUUCAAUGGCGAACAAGCUUUCAACGACCUCCAUAUGUGUUUCGCUUUCGAUUGCGACAGCACCUCAGGACAAGUCGCGGAGCUAAUGGGUUUGAAGUAUAUGACGGGCUUAAGGAUCGGAUUUUUGUCGCGUCUCCGGCAGAAGCAAGAUGUCAAAGCGCUCAAGGAUCAAGGCGGUGGAAUGUUUGUCUCGUGCAAUAAGUGGAGCAUGAAGAAGAUUUUGUUCGCGAGGCAGAUGAUGGAGGCUGCCGCUGAGGCUCGUCACGCGGGGUGGAGUUUGGUGGAGUUAAGUGAGGAGUAUCAGAAGCAUACUUCGCAGUCACAUCAGCCGAAGGCUGCCCGGUUUUUCGAGGAGCCGGGAGAGGUGUACUUUCCUAUUACAAGGUAG